GGAUAUUUCACCUCCUAAGUGCGCACUCGCCACUCCCCCGGUGUAAUUGAAGACAAAAUUCAAAAUGACGGACACCAAGAAAGGCUCAAACUUCUUACAACGGCUGUACCCCAUGUACGGGUUCAGGAAAGAUCGAGUCCCCGGGCAAGGCCAAACCCUGGAAGAUGUGAACCAGAACAUGGGGCAAAAGGAAAACGAGUUGAAAUUAGACGUACUAAAGGAUGCAAAAGACUUGAAGAAACUUAAAACUUGUGUGAAAGCCGUCGGUAUCGCGUUCAGCGUUGUCACUGUGAUUACUGCACUCCUAGCGAUAGCCCUAAUCGCCGUAUCGACGAUGUCGGCCGUGGCGGCGAGCGCCAUGGACGCCCAGGACGACUCAGGGCGUCUUGUGGCGCUGGUGGUAUUGGCGGUCACCGCUGCGAUCACCAUUGCCAUAGUCGUUUAUGCACAAAUUGCUACGUGUUCGAAGAAGAUUAGGCCGAUAUUUGUGGCGACGAUAGUGCUGUCAAUCCUGAUGGUGAUCCAGGGCAUCAUCGCAGGCGCAUCGGUGCGGGUGUCGCCAAAAGACGCAGACCAUAUACAGGAGUCGCUGAAGGAUUCCUUCGACUUGGCGGCCAAGCAGCACAGUCCAAGGCAUGUCAAGAUGUGGGCUACGACACAGUCUACUUUCCACUGCUGCGGGUUCCAAUCCCCCUACGACUACACCCAUAACGGGCUUCAAACGCCAGAUGUGCCGAUCUCAUGCUGCCCUACCUACGACUCGGAGCGAUCAGACCUGCUUCAAGAGAAGGAGCGGUUCAUGUGCAAAGACAGAAGAGAGUUCUUUGACACAGGAUGCAGUGGCGAUGUGCUGAUGUUUAUAUCGGAGACCGCUCAGUGGGUGUUCCAUGUCUCUACUGCCCUGAUAGUUUUUGAGUUCCUUUCGGUUGCGUUUGGAGGGAUUCUUGUCAAGAGACGAAAAGAACUAGCUAAAGCGAAUGAGAACGAAAAUCCCGACGACAAGGAAGCUAAAUGAUUAUCAUCUCACAACAAAAUACUUAUUUUAUGUGCCAACCCUGCCAAAUAGCAUGAAAAACUGGCCAAGAUCUCGGAUUACUUGAAAUUACUAACUUAAUUUAUUUUUCAUUGCAAACUUCAUUGUAGAAAUUGCCUUACUUUACGAGUUACAAAGUAAACUACAAUGAGAUUUA